AUGUCGAGAGAUAUCGAGAAACCGGACGGCGACCGGACACCGGUGGCGCCCAGCCCUGCCCCCGCUACCGGCAUCCAGAUGCGUGGCUAUCUCAAAAAGAAACGGAACCGCAUGGGUGGUUGGCGCAAGCUGUACGUGGUGCUGCAGAGCCAGCUGCUGCUGUCGUAUGCGUCGCGGCGUGACUACGAGCGCCGGCUCGCACCGUUCGAGGACAUCAUCAACCUGGUGCCGGGCACCCGCAUCCUGCCGUCCGCCGGUCUGCGGUUCACGAUCGAGACGAACUCGCGCAACUUCUACACAUUCCGUUGCGUCGAUCACCGGAACUGCUCCGAGUGGAUAACCGCCCUCCUCGACAGCCUGCACCAGGGUGGAUGUAACCGUGGUGGUGGUGGUGGUGGCGCUAUUCGGGAUCGUCAGUUCGGCCAACCUAGUCCGGACCACCGGACGAGCUCGCCCGUCUGGGCGUCCUUGAGUAUGGAGCUGGGUUUGGCGCGCGUGCUCCACCAGACGAUGGAGGGAGAAGGGGGCACCCGGUGUGCUGGCAGGAGCGGCCAGCGCACGAAACCAACCUCACGAGACGAAGAGGAGCAGCAGCAGCAGCUAGUCCCAUUCCAACGGCCAGCACUUCAAGCGACAACGCCGGCGACGGUGCAGGAGGUGGCCAUGCCGGAGCGUCGCGGAACGACAGAGACAGGGAGGGAAGGGGGGAUCGCCGUCGUCCCCCUUCCCAAACAUGAGCGACAUCAUUCCGACGAAGCGUGCGCGGACGAGAUCAUCACGAAGGCAUUUCAGUUUCUUACCCGGCCGAAAAGAAGCCGAGAUAUGACCGCCAGCGAGAUACUGGAGUACUAUCUGGAGCGGCGCCACCGAUCCCAGCAGCAGGAACAGACGAACGAUGAGAAUGAGCAGGGAAAGCAGAGUGCGGUGAGACGUGCGGCAGGCGUAGACAGCAGCGGCAGCAGCUUCAACACCAGACUCGAAACGGCAACUACUAGCCAGCCGCUAGCAACAGAAGAUACCGCCGCCACCGCCGAGCAGCAGACGAGGAAGUUGCAGCAGCAGGAGGCAACGGCUACGGUUCGGUUUCGGGAUUUCCGACUACAUCCGGAUGCCGACCGGCCGAUCACGUCGGUCGGUCGAUCGCAGUCGGUAGACGUCAGCCGGAUCAACAGCAUGUUCAGCGAUCGGCAGCAGCACCAGCAGCAGCAGCAGCAGCAAAGGAAGGAGCUGAGGCGAGGGAGAGAAGCUGAGGCGUCGUCCCCCAUCGUCAGUCGUCGCUCCGACGUGGCUCCGACGAAUCUGCGCGACACUGGACAGCGUGUUAGUAGCUCCUGCAGUGAUCUACCACCGGUGAUGCGCUGGCAGCUGGCCGCUGGUACGUUUGUCGCCAGUAUCUCAGGCCCGGUGGUUGGUCCGGGCGCUUCCUACACGCUUCGGCGCGCUUCAUUGGAACGCAAUGCGGCUACGAGCGGCUACGAGUACAUCAGCGCACACAGCAGUAGCAGCACCAGCAGCACCAGCACCAGCAGCAGCAGCAGCAGCGCGUCAACAUUCGCAAGCAACCGUAGAAUCGAGCUGAUCGAACCGAUUUACGCCGUGGUGGAUGUGAAGGCGAAACGAUUCCGCCGGAACCAGCAGCAGGAGCAGCAGGAGCAGCAGCAGCAUCAGCAGGAGCUGUCACAGGACGAACGCACAAGGCCAAACCACCAUUACGAGGAAGCGAUACCCGUGCUCGGACCGGACCGACCGAUGAGCGAAGAGGCCACGGAGCAGGACGAUCUGCCGUACGAUCAGCAACACAUCUACGAGCCGAUUAUGAUAGCGGCGCAGCCACCGACGAGCACGAGCGUAGCGUCCACGGCCGCAACCGCGACCGGUUGCGAGCGAGAGCACCAUUGGCGCAAGCUAUGGCGGAACCUGAAGCGUAUCCGGCUACACCCGGGUCGGAACCGGCGCCAGAAGGAGCAACCGGCAGGACCAAACGUCACCGUCGUCGCCGUCGAGCAACCAUCAACCGAUCCGUCGGCGACGAGCAGUAGCAGCAGCAGCGGCAGCAGCAGCAGCAACGGCAGCCAUCAGCGAUCGGGACUGAUUGCCGGGCUCGGUAGCCGGUUAGAUAGCCACCGGCAGUCGAUGAAGAAGCGCGCCAAAAGCCUGUACGAUGCGACCAGCAAUGCGGCGUGA